UAAAGCCUGGCGCCUCUAGAAAAAACACGUUCAAAACAAAAAGAAAUUUUCUCCCGAUUACCAAUUUCUCAUUUAUUCAUCGYCGUAAAUUUAGAUGUAAUUUAAAGUCUACGGCUAUUUCAAAGUAUCUGUGGCAAGGCAGUGGAUUCUUAGUACAUGGGUUGUAAAUCGUCCAGUCUGAGAGAAGACAGUGAUGAAUGUUCACACUGGAGCCGUUCUUCUUUUCCUCGUCUUUCUCUUCGUACUCACCGUCCAUUGACCGUUUUAAACCGUCAUAAUCAAGUCUACGACGUCGUAAUUCAGCUCAAACACGAAGAUAAAGAUAUCUAUGCCUGUUGUUUUCCCAGUGACGACGAUGGGGUUUUACUCUCAGCGUCAAAGGUCGAACAAACGACUUUUUUAAGACACACUCGAGAUUUCUCRUCCAUAAGAUUAUGGGAUUUGAACAGGCGACAGAUAAACACGGGCUUUUUAGCUGAUUUUCCCCGUUCUUGUCGCUCGUGUGAUUUCUCCCCAGACGGUCAGUUAGUAGUAUGUGUAUUCAGCGAGGAUUCUUUGGCUUUAGUUCGUAUGAGGUCGUGGAAAACAACCAGUGCAGAAGUUAUUCAGAUGAGGAAAAUAUGGCGCACUAGAGGGACACUUCUCUGCUGUACUUUUUCUCCUGAAGGCAGAUCAAUAGUCGUUGUUUCGCGACUAACAGGAGAGACGAAUCAUGUCUGUAUGAUCGAUGUGAAUUCUAAAAAAAUAACAAAAAAGAUGAGUCCAACUUUAUCGUCCAAAAUACGCGGUUUUGUAAAGUCAUGUAUGUUCUCUCCAGAUGGAUUAUUUCUAUCUGUUUCUACGUCCAGUGGACAGCUGAUUUUAUUUGACAUACAAGAUUUACAUAUUCAAGGGAGUCUUGAUUUGGACACAGAAGCUAGUACCUCUUGUCUUUGCGAUCCUUUUCACCAAUCCUCUAGGCGUUCAAUAACCUUAUCAAUGCAAUGUUGGUAUCUAUUUGACCCUCGAUAUGGCCAUAAGUACAUUGCUUCAUGUAUUGAGGAUGGUACUAUACAAACAUGGUCUCUCAAUUCUAAUGAUCAAGGGCUUACAAGAAUUCAAAGCAUUAAUAUGUUACAGACCCCAUGGCAGAAGAUUUGCUCUGCCGCAUUCUCCCCUGAUGGCAACAUUCUAGCAGUUGGUACAUCAGAUUCUAAGAUUUUAGCACUCAACUCUGAAAGCCUUGAUCUCCUAUUCACACUUAACGCUCAUUUACAGCCUGAUGGCCUUCGCACAUGGUAUCAAAAUACUGAAGUAUCAUGUUUAGCAUUCACACGGACAUGUCAGCAACUUGCUGCUGGCUACAAUGAUGGCCGUAUCAGAAUUUGGCAGCUUCCGCCUCUCAUAAGUCUUCAACACAUGUGUAGACUUGUCAUCAUAAAAUUCAUUCCUGCAAACAAAAUACCAAAACUUCCACUUCCAGCACACUUGUUGAGAUAUCUUCUAUAUUCUCCACUAAAACACCUCUGAAACUUAAGUUGGAUGUGAAUUCUUUAGAAGCUGAUUACAACUUUAUCUAGAAUAUCAGAUCAAUGAUGGUCACGUUGUUGUGUAUAAAUUAAUCAACGUACAAAAUGCUUCCUGAUAUUUAACUAUUUUACCAGGCUUUCCAUUGGAGUGCUYGACGAGAGUCCAUUUAGCCUACUUGGCCAUAUAUAUUAAUAUUUAGCUUCACAGGAAUGCCAAUUAAUUAAAAGAUAGAGAAAAGUUAUCAAUAUAAAUCAAUUAUUUAACUGCAUUCAUUGUAAUAUUUACUGAUAUUAGGUGAAUGUGAAUUUGACUGCAUCAAAUGUACAUUCAAGAAUAUAAUUUUAUUGGUUCA